GUAUUGCGACGUCACGAGUCACGACACGCUUCCGCUCCCGGCGCUCCCUCACCUUCGUGAAGAGAUUGCCACGGCUCGCGUCUCGCGUCUUGCUCGCGUCUUUUCGUCCAUUCUCGUCCUCACUUUUUCGCGGCUCGUUGGCACCGCAUGGUCUUGUGUUCCGUCUCGACUCUACUACAGAUUAUCUGCAAAUUAAUUAUGGCGGAGAAUAAGGAGCGUACCUUUAUCAUGGUUAAGCCGGAUGGUGUGCAGCGCGGUUUGGUCGGCAAGAUUAUUCAACGGUUCGAAGAGAAGGGUUUCAAACUAGUGGCUAUGAAGAUGCUGUGGCCUAGUGAAGAGCUCUUGAAGAAGCACUACGCCGAUCUGGCAUCAAGACCCUUCUUCCCAGGUUUGGUCAAAUAUAUGAGCUCUGGAGCAGUUGUACCGAUGGUCUGGGAAGGCUUGAACGCCGUUAAGACCGGCCGCGUGAUGUUGGGCGAGACAAAUCCUAAGGAUUCUGCACCAGGCACAAUUCGUGGUGAUUUUUGCAUACAAGUCGGACGCAAUAUUAUCCACGGCUCCGAUUCUGUUGAGUCAGCUAAAAAGGAGAUUAGCCUGUGGUUUGGCGAGAAGGAAGUGAUCGACUGGACGCACGCAUCUGAAAAAUGGAUCUACGAAUAAGAAUCUGUGACGGAGGCUAGGUUUCUCAGAGGAUACCAUUUCUCUAUAAGCAUUUCCUUGGAGAGUCUUCCCAAACCUACUGCCAGCACGCAAGCGGACCGAAUUGUUUGAGCAAGGCUAAUGGUGCGUCUCCACCUGCCAGUAAGAACUCUCGAGAGCAAAAAGAAAGAGAGAGAGAGAGAGAGAGAGAGAUACUCUCGAG